AGGGAUGCCCUGCCAGCCAGCGAGCGCUGCUGAGUAAGGGAGAGCCAAGGAAAGACGCCUGCAUGAAGACUGAGCUGCUGAAAGACAUCACUAACAACAAAGAGGAAGGGUUUAAUGCCAUGGCUGCAGAUGAAAGCGCUACGGAGAAGCAAGUGGGGGAACCAAAAAUGGCAGUAGACGGUGAAACCAACGGUUCCUGUGAGCACAGCGAGGCUGGAGGGCACCCAAACCCAGCCAAAAACACUCAGGACAACACGAAAGUGAGCCAGCAGGACUCUGGGACUAAAUUAAAUAGGAUAGCAGAGAACGGCAUUUCGGAGCGGGACGGAGAGACUGGGAAGCAAAACCACCUGAAAGCAAAUGACUUCACACAGACUUCUGUCACAGGGAGCAAUGGGUAUAUCCUGACCAAGCAGAUGGCACAGGAGCAGCCCCUAAGGACUACCAGCACCUUUGCUUCCCUCACCGGCCAUGCUGCAAAAACCCUGCCUGGAGGAGCGGGCAAGGGCAGGACUGUGGGCCCCUUUUCCCAGCUCCAAGCCACCAUGCCAAGCAAGCUCGGGGAGGGCAGUAAGGACAUGGAUGCUAAAAAAGUCCCUGCUGCUAACGCUGAAGUCAAGGUCCACAGAGCACGGAAGACAAUGCCUAAACCUACCCCCAGCCUGGAGUUGCUUCCUGAAUUGGGAUCGAAGCUGAAUCUGAAACAGCACGCAAGUAAAGACCCCAAAGAUGGGAGAGACAGCAGAGAUCAAAAAGAACCCAAGGAGAAGGAGUUUGAGAACAUGCUGGACUUUGUGAAGCCGUUGUCGUUGCCCUCUCUCCCGGGCCUUCACCAGUCACUACCUCAGAACCAGAGCUAUGUGGCCACCACGAAGUCGCAGACAGCUGCUGCAGUAUCUCGGAAGAAAAAACGGAGAAUGGGAACCUAUAGCCUGGUUCCCAAGAAAAAGACCAAAGUGUUAAAACAGAGAACAAUGAUUGAGAUGUUUAAGAGCAUAACUCAUUCCUCUGCAGGUGCCAAGAGUGACAAGGACCUGGGUGAUGCCAGCCCUCAUGUGAAUGGGGAAAGCAUAGAUGUGGACUCUGAAGAGGAGGACUCUGAUGAGUUGGAGGAGGAGGAUGAUCAUGGAGCAGAGCAGGCAGCCGUGUUCCCUGUGGAUGAGAACAGGACCUGUAAAGACAGUGCAUCCGAUGCAGACAACGCCAGAAAGAUCGAUGAUGGCGAGUCUGAGGAGGAACAAGAGUCUGUAGAGUCUGGGGAGGAGGAGGAGGAUGGAGACGAGUCUGACUUGAGCUCGGAGUCCAGUGUCAAGAAGAAGCUGCUGAAGAGGAAAGGGAAGACGGACAGUCCAUGGCUGAAACCCACCCGCAAGAGGAGACGGAGGAAUAAAAAGAAACAAGCCAGUGUUUUAGGUGCCGAAGCCUAUAAACCAUCGCUGGGCAGGGAGGGCCCGGGCCAGGAGAACAGCAUGGAGUACAUGGAGGUGUCCCUGGAUUCCCUGGACCUGCGGGUGAAGGGCAUCCUGUCCUCGCCGGCGGGGGGUCUUUCCAAUGGUCCUGAAGCAAUGGAAGUAGAUGGUCUCCAGGAAGUUCCCCUCUGUAGCUGUCGAAUGGAAACCCCCAAAAGCAGAGAGAUCACCACGUUAGCCAACAACCAGUGCAUGGCCACGGAGAGCGUGAACAACGAGCUGGGUCGAUGCACAAACAGUGUGGUUAAGUAUGAACUGAUGCGCCCGUCUAACAAAGUCCAGCUUUUGGUGCUGUGUGAGGACCAUAGAGGGAGGAUGGUGAAACACCAGUGUUGCCCUGGCUGUGGAUACUUUUGCACUGCAGGCACUUUCAUGGAGUGUCAGCCGGAGAGCAGCAUCUCCCACCGCUUCCACAAGAGCUGUGCCUCCCAGGUCAACGACACGAGCUACUGCCCACACUGUGGGGAAGAGGCCUCCAAGGCCAAGGAGGUGACAAUAGCAAAGGCUGACACGACCUCCACGGUGUCCCUGACCUACGAGCAGCAGAAACCGGCGGCUGUGGAGGGAAGGGCCGACACCACGACGGGGAGUGGCACUGGGACACGGUUGUCAGAGGAAGACAAACCAGAAAGUUCAGCUGCUGAGGGGUUUGACAUGGCUGGGUCUUCAGUUUUUGCUAAGCCUACUACUAACCUGACCCAGGGACCAGUUAAAGAAACUCUGGAAAGUGCCCUGAUUGCCCUGGACUCUGAAAAACCCAAGAAGUUACGGUUCCACCCGAAGCAGUUGUACUUCUCUGCCAGGCAAGGGGAGCUGCAAAAGGUCCUGCUGAUGUUGGUGGAUGGAAUUGACCCUAAUUUUAAAAUGGAGCAUCAGAGUAAGAGAACCCCUCUCCAUGCUGCUGCUGAGUCUGGCCACGUGGACAUCUGCCAUAUGCUGAUUCAGGCUGGUGCCAACAUAGACACCUGCUCCGAGGACCAGAGGACCCCUCUGAUGGAAGCAGCAGAAAACAACCACCUGGAAACUGUGAAAUACCUGAUCAAGGCUGGAGCACUAGUGGAUCCUAAGGAUGCAGAGGGCUCCACGUGUCUGCACUUGGCAGCCAAGAAGGGGCACUACGACGUCGUUCAGUACCUGCUCUCCAACGGGAAGAUGGAUGUCAACUGCCAGGAUGACGGAGGCUGGACGCCCAUGAUCUGGGCCACGGAGUACAAGCACAUCGAGCUGGUGAAGCUGCUGCUGGCGAAGGGCUCGGACAUCAACAUCCGUGACAACGAGGAAAACAUUUGUUUGCACUGGGCUGCUUUUUCUGGCUGUGUGGACAUAGCAGAGAUCCUGCUGGCAGCUAAGUGUGACCUACACGCCGUGAACAUCCACGGGGACUCGCCCCUGCACAUCGCAGCCCGAGAGAACCGCUACGAGUGCGUGGUUCUCUUUCUCUCCCGUGGCUCGGAUGUCACUUUAAAGAACAAGGAGGGUGAGACUCCGCUCCAGUGCUCCAGCCUUAACUCUCAGGUCUGGGUGGCCCUACAGAUGAACAAGACUCUCAAAGAAUCAUCCACUGAGAAGCCUGCCCAGAUAGAGAAGGUGGUGAGCAGGGACAUUGCCCGGGGUUACGAGCGCAUCCCGAUUCCCUGUGUCAACUCCGUGGACAGCGAGCCCUGUCCCAGCAACUACAAAUACGUUUCCCAGAACUGUGUCACCUCCCCGAUGGACAUUGACAGGAACAUCACUCAUUUACAGUAUUGUGUCUGCAUAGACGACUGCUCCUCCAGUAACUGCAUGUGUGGCCAGCUCAGCAUGCGCUGCUGGUAUGACAAGGAUGGCCGACUCCUGCCCGAGUUCAACAUGGCUGAGCCCCCCCUGAUCUUCGAGUGUAACCACGCGUGCUCCUGCUGGAGAACCUGCAGGAACAGGGUGGUGCAGAACGGGCUCAGGACUCGAUUGCAGCUUUAUCGGACACAAAAGAUGGGCUGGGGAGUGCGAACGAUGCAGGACAUUCCGCUGGGAACCUUCGUGUGCGAGUACGUGGGGGAGCUGAUCUCUGACUCUGAGGCAGAUGUCCGUGAGGAGGACUCCUACCUCUUCGACCUUGACAACAAGGAUGGAGAGGUGUACUGCAUAGAUGCCCGUUUCUAUGGCAACAUCAGCCGCUUCAUCAACCACCUCUGCGAGCCCAACCUCAUCCCGGUGCGGGUGUUCAUGUCCCACCAGGACCUUCGCUUCCCUAGGAUCGCCUUCUUCAGCACCAGGCACAUAGAGGCUGGAGAGGAGAUUGGCUUUGACUACGGGGACAGGUUCUGGGACAUCAAAGGCAAAUUCUUCAGCUGUCAGUGUGGUUCACCCAAGUGCAAACACUCGAGCUCAGCGCUGGCCCAGCGGCAGGCGAGCACCUCGGCCCAGGACACGCAGGAGAACGGGCUCCCCGACACCAGCUCUGCCACGGCAGCCGGCCCCUUUUGAGGCUCUGCUCCCCCAGAGACUGACUGCUUUUAACCCUAUUAGAUUCACAUACUGUCCGAAUUUCCAUUUAAAAGAGAGGGGGAAAAAAAAACAAAAAAAAGAAAAGGAAAAAAAAAAAAGAAAACGAAAGAAACAAACAAAAAAAAAGAGAAAAAAAGGAAAAAAAAAAAAGAAACCAAACCUGCUCAAGGAAAGCCAAGGGUUCGAGACGCUUUUAGGGCUGUGCCACCGACUGUUACUUGAGGAAUAAGGAAAAGCAAAUCCCGGCUCCGUGAUGUUGUUCUCCCCUCCCUGGUCCUGGAAAGCUGCUGGUUUUCCCAGUGGUGUGUGGAGGGGUGGCUGGAGCAGCUCAUUCCACAGGAGCUGCCCCCCUGUGUGACCGUGCCGAGUGCUGUCAGAGCCAAGGAGAGCCGCCCGUCCUCCGACUCCUUGGGGGAUCCUCACCCCGAGUCCCUCCGGCUCACGUGUCAUGGACUGGGAGCACUGGGACUCUGUUUCUGGGAGCGGGAGGUGCUGGCUCUGGGUUUGCUGGGCACAGCCCCGGGGCAGGUUCUGCUGGUUGGUUUUUGUUGGUUUGGUUGGUUUUUUGGUUGGUUGUUUUUUUUUUUUUUUGUUCUAAUUAACAAUCCCCCCCCCCCCACACACACACACACCCUCCUCCGAUCUCGCAGGACGUCGUGGUGCCGAGGAGCAACGGGGCCUUCCUAACAAAUUCCCUCCUUCCUUCCCAAAUCCCACGGCUUUUCUCUCAUCUGAUGAGAAGGAAGCCACGCUCCUUCCAACCCCUGGCUCUCUGCAGAGCCCACCCCGCUCCCUCCUGGGCCUUCUCCGUUACAAACCAGCUCUGCCCACGACCCUUGGCUGUGUUCCUGUCUCAGUGUUGGGUUCCUCCACGAAGGAUUUCCACCCUGUCCCAUUAAUGGUUUUUAGAGAGAGAGAAGGUUGAAGAGGAUUUUACAAGACACUAAUUCCUUAAGGAAACGCAGUUUUUUUUUCCUUUUUUUAAAAGAUAAAUAUGGAUGAUAUAUAUAUUAUAGAGAACCUUGACUGGCUGGGGUGAAGAGCAGACGGGACAUGUCACGGUGAGAAGAUCCCAGAUGCCACCAGCUCGUCUGUUCCCAUCACUUUGCCCAACCCUGGGCACCUUCAAUUGAUUUUUAAGUCACACGCUCUGAAGUUUCAAUGGACUGUUUUAUUUUUUACCAUUAUUGGAACAUUGGGGACAAGCAUUAAAAGACUAAAGCGAAUUAAAAAAUAAUAAUAAUAAUAAUAAUUAAAAAAAAAUAAAAACGCCACAAAAAAAAGAAAAAAAAACACCAAAAAAAC